AUGACGGAAGAAAAGAAAGAGAAUUAUAAAGUCGAUGUUGAAGAUGUUGAGCAUGGUUCCUUGUCUCAAGAAGAUGUCCCGUGUAGCUUACCGCAAUUACUGGAGUCAGCAGAUGCUGAUGAUGCAUUCGAGUAUGCAAAGAACCUUGACCAAGACACGGAAAUAGACCCAAUUGCUGAUAGAAAGCUCACAUGGAAAGCUGAUAUGAUAAUCUUUCCGAUGAUGGCCUUAGUUUAUGCGGCGCAAUUUCUGGAUAAAACCUCAAUGUCGUAUGCGGCGGUGAUGGGAUUGCGAACCGACCUCAAUAUGAGGGGUGACAUGUACAGCUGGUCUGGAACCAGUUUUUAUUUGGGAUACUUAAUAUUUGAGUAUCCAGCUGCGUGGCUUCUGCAAAAGUACCCUUUAGCAAAGACCAUGGCUAUUUUUCUAAUUCUUUGGGGGUUCGUUUUGACAAUGACUUCCGUGGCUAACUAUCCUGGGUAUAUUGCAAUCAGAACUAUUCUUGGUAUGCUGGAAUCUAGCUCCUCGAUAGGUUUCAUGCUUCUUACCUCCCAAUACUAUCACCGCAAAGAUCAAAGUGCAAGGACUGCAUUUUGGGUGGCAUGCAAUGGUGUGGGGCAGAUAAUGGGUGGGUCAAUGGCAUACGGAUUAGCCAAACGGGAAGCAUCUUUGCCUCUUGCUGGUUGGAAAUUGAUUUUCAUCAUUUGCGGUGUCAUUACCAUUUUUCUGGGAUUGCUGUUUUGGUUGGUUGUCCCAGACUCCCCAUUUAAGGCUUGGUUUUUGAAUGAUGCAGAAAAAACGUUGAUUGUUCAUAGGUUGCGUAAAAAUCAGCAAGGUGUCGGCAAUCAUACGUUUAAGAAAUAUCAAUUUAUUGAAGCCUUCACUGAUAUCCGAACGUGGAUCAUGUUCUUCUCCUCUGUUGCUUUGAACAUUCCAAAUGGAGGUAUUGGCACGUUUUCGUCACUUCUUAUUGCAGGUACUAUGGGAUACGGUGAGCUUAUGACUUUACUCAUGGGACUUCCAGCGGGUGCUUGUGAAUUUGUAGGUUUGAUACUAUUUGGAGUCAUAUCUCCGUUUGUCAAAAAUAGAAUGGUGCUUGCAUCCAUAUCGACCAUUAUUGCGCUGAUUGGCUCUUGUUUGAUGUCUUUUGCGGGGCCUCCGAAGGCCCAGCUGGCUGGUUACUAUCUCAUGAUGGUUUCUCCAGGAGCCAUGAUCGUAAUGUUCUCUAUUGUGUCUUCAAAUGUAGCAGGUUAUACCAAAAAGACGACUGUUGGUGCGAUUUAUUUGAUUGGAUAUUGCGUAGGAAACCUUAUUGGUCCUCAGACUUUCAAGGAGGAGGACUCUCCUGGUUACCGCCCAGCUAAAAUCGUAAUGGUAGCUUUUUAUGUCGUAACUCUCGUCACGUUACCACUACUAUAUAUCGUGAAUCGCAGAGAAAACCGCAGGAGAGACAAAUUGGCUGAAGAGGGAAUGGUGCAACAUCAAAAGAAUUCAGAAUUUGCUGAUUUGACCGACAAAGAGAACUUAGAAUUUAGAUACGUUCUUUGA